CUGUCAGUCUCAUUGAAGAUUAGAUAACAACACGCUUUGCAAGAUCAACUUUGAAAGUUGUAGAACCCAUUUUCUGCCUCUUAUCCCCAACAACAUAAAAAAUAAAACAGAGCACAACAAACUCUCUGUUUGUUUUUCUGGUACCUAAAAAACGACACAGUAUCAUAGACUCUCUGAACCUAGGGUUAGGGUUUGUUUUUAUUUUUUUUUUCCAAAUCCUUCAAUCAAAUUGUCUCAAAUGCGAGAUCUCCAAGAAUCACUCACAGUCUCUGCGCUCCCAAACCUACCAAUCACAGCAGCUUCAUCGCCAAUUUCUCCAAGGUUCUACGACUGGCUCUUCGAGUGCCAUGGGUUCUGGCACAACGUGGCUCUCAUUGUUCCGAACCUUCUCUUCAUCCUCUACUUGUCGUUUCAAGCAAAGAAGAGCUUCUCCAAGCUCACUCAAGGCCGCUCUUAUGUGAUCAUCGCUUACUACGCCUGCCUCUGGCUUGCUAGCUUGCUCAAUUUGUUCUGGUGCUCUUUUCAGGCAUGGGAGUGCACUCCUGGAAAAGAACUAGUUUGGAAUCUCUUAUCUUUGUUUACAACAUCUGGAAUGCUAUUUUUGGAAGUAAGUUUGGUGGCUUUUUUGUUCCAAGGAAAUCACGUGAGUGGAUUAGAAGCUUUGACAAAGACGUUUGUGGUCUCAGGGCUUGUCAUUGGUUUAGAUUUACUUCUAAAGGCGAUUUAUAUGUUCGGAUUUGGGAUCCCAUUAUUCAUUGACAGCGAUGAUCAUACACAUCCAUUGAAGUGGAACUUGUGGGUUAUUCAUAGGCUGGUGCUGACUGCAGUUUAUGGCUUCAUACUGUUCAUGUACCAUUCCAAAUGGAGAGAAAGAUUACCUGCAAGACCUGCAUUCUACAACUAUAUUGCUGUCAUGUUCUCGAUGAAUGCUCUUGCAUUAUUAGCUUGUGCACUUACUGGAAGUGGGGCUGGUUUUGGGUUCUGGUUGUAUGGCGCAACCAUUGUUUGCUACCAUGCCUUCUAUCUUCCUCUUCUAUAUGUAACAUUCCUUGCAGACUUCUUCCAGGAGGAAGAUUUACAUUUAGAGAAUGUAUACUACUCGGAGAUGAAAGAUGCUGGUUUCUUUGAUGGUGACUGGGAGUGAUAUGGUUACUUCUGAAUCAAAAUAUGAUCUUGUGAUCAUACUCUGUAAAUGAAAGUAAAUAUGUACCAGAAUUGCAAACUGUUGAGAUGUAAGGGAUGCUUAUAAUGUUUGUAUGGUUUCUUAUCUUUUUCUCAUUUCACUUCUUUUGCAAAUGUUGCUUCCCUAUUCAAAAGGCUAAUAGUAUGAAGUGUACCUUGUCUACA